UCUCUUCUUGUUUUUUUUUUUUUUUUAUUAGUUUUUCACAAUGGUGCUCCUCUGAUUUUUCAUUAAGGCAAUGAUAUCCUACUCUCCUUUUCUUUCUCUGUUUUCAUUACACACGGAUGCUAUUAAUAUUUUUUCCCAGCAACCAAACAGCACUAAUUUUCCUUCUUCUCUACAUUUUCAUAGCUUCCAAACAGAAUAAUUCGAUUUUUUCAAGUUUUUUUGUUCCUCUUUGUUGCUACAGUUAAUUGAAGGACUGGCUUUGGAUUAAUUAAAAAUGGCGACGAAACAGGGAUCAAAAUCAAGAAUAUCAGGUUUAAUAAGUAAUUCAAAGAAACCAGCAGCGAAUUCACAGUCAUCAUCAACGGCAUCUUCUACUAAGCAAUUUUUAGAGAAUUCAAUGGACGGUCAAAGCUCACCUGCAUCCUCGUCAGCUCGAAGCAAACCACAAUAUUUUUACUCCGAAAGUGUUAAUCUAGAUACUGAGAGAUCCAAAGAAAAUGUAACUGUCACUGUUCGCUUUCGGCCCCUAAGUCCUAGGGAAAUCAGGCAAGGAGAGGAGAUUGCGUGGUAUGCGGAUGGAGAAACUGUCGUGCGAAAUGAACAUAAUCCAUCUACUGCGUAUGCGUAUGAUCGGGUGUUUGGUCCUACAACUACAACGCGCCAUGUAUAUGAUGUUGCUGCUCAGCAUGUUGUCAAUGGUGCUAUGGAAGGGAUCAAUGGCACCAUUUUCGCAUAUGGAGUGACUAGCAGCGGGAAAACCCAUACCAUGCAUGGGGAUCAAAGGUCACCUGGAAUUAUACCAUUAGCAGUGAAGGAUGCUUUUAGUAUCAUUCAAGAGACUCCAAACCGUGAGUUCCUCCUCCGUGUUUCAUACCUGGAGAUCUAUAAUGAGGUUGUUAACGACUUGUUGAAUCCAGCAGGACAAAAUUUAAGAAUCAGAGAAGAUGCUCAGGGAACUUUUGUCGAGGGAAUAAAAGAAGAAGUUGUAUUAUCCCCUGCUCAUGCACUUUCCCUUAUAGCAGCUGGGGAAGAGCACAGACAUGUUGGGUCCACAAACUUUAAUUUACUCAGCAGCAGGAGUCAUACAAUAUUUACACUGACAGUAGAGAGUAGCCUGUAUGGUGAAAAUAGUGAAGGAGAGGCUGUAAAUUUGUCCCAGCUGAGCCUCAUCGAUCUGGCAGGUUCUGAAAGCUCAAAGGCUGAAACUACUGGCGUGAGACGGAAAGAAGGAUCCUAUAUUAAUAAAAGUUUGCUGACACUUGGAACUGUUAUAUCGAAGUUGACGGAUGGGAGAGCCGCUCAUAUUCCUUACAGGGACUCUAAAUUGACAAGGCUACUUCAGUCUUCAUUAAGUGGUCAUGGGCGUGUAUCACUCAUUUGCACUGUCACUCCCUCAUCUAGUAGUUCGGAAGAGACACACAAUACUUUAAAAUUUGCCCACCGUGCAAAGCACAUUGAAAUUCAAGCAGCACAGAACAAGAUUAUUGAUGAGAAAUCGCUUAUCAAGAAGUACCAAAAUGAGAUACGCUCUUUAAAGGAAGAGUUAGAACAAUUGAAAAGGGGUAUUGUGACAAUUCCUCGAUUGAAAGACAUUGUAGAAGACGACAUUGUCCUCCUCAAGCAGAAGCUAGAAGAUGGUCAAGUGAAACUGCAAUCAAGAUUGGAACAAGAAGAAGAAGCUAAAGCAGCUCUAUUGAGCAGAAUACAGCGGCUGACAAAAUUAAUUUUGGUGUCAACAAAAGCUUCACAACCAUCAAGGAUCUCUCACCGCCCAGGUCCAAGGAGGAGGCAUUCCUUUGGAGAAGAAGAGCUUGCAUACCUACCGUACAAGAGGCAGGACUUGAUAUUGGAUGACGAAAAUAUUGACUUGUAUGUUUCUCUUGAAGGAAAUACUGAAAGUGCGGAUGAGACACUGAAAGAGGAGAAGAAAACCCGAAAGCAUGGAUUGCUGAACUGGUUAAAGCUACGGAAACGAGAUAGUGGAUUGGGAAUGAGCACCAGUGACAAAUCAAGUGGAGUUAAAUCUAAUAGUACACCUUCAACACCUCAAGCAGAAAACAGCAAUUAUUAUGCAGAAUCCAGACUUUCACAUCCUUCACUUGCAGAAAGCUCUCCAUCAGCUGAUCUUCUAUCUGAGGUCAGGCAGGAUAGAGAGGUACCUGAGGACAAUUUCCUUGAGCAGGAAACUCCUUUGAAUGGCAUAAAAACAAGUGAUCAGAUUGAUCUUCUGAGGGAGCAGCAGAAAAUUUUAUCUGGAGAGGUGGCACUCCAUUCAAGUAUUUUGAAGCGAUUGUCUGAGGAGGCUUCAAGGAAUCCCCUGAAGGAACACAUACAGUUGGAGAUGAAGAAGUUGAGUGAUGAAAUCAAGGUGAAGAAUGAACAAAUAGCUUUGUUGGAAAAGCAAAUUGCUGAUUCCAUCAUGGCCUCUCACAACAGCUUGGCUAACUUGGAAGCAUCGCAAACGAUUGCUGAACUGACAGCUCAAUUGAAUGAGAAGUCAUUUGAACUCGAGGUUAAAGCGGCAGAUAAUUGUAUAAUUCAAGACCAGCUCAGCCAAAAGAUCUGUGAAUGUGAAGGAUUGCAGGAAACAAUUGUCUCUUUGAAGCAGCAGCUCUCAGAUGCACUGGAGUCAAAAAAUAUUAGCCCUCUAGCUAGCUACUCUCAACGAAUUUCUGAACUAAAAAGCUUUCAUGCACAACAUCACAUGAACAAGGAAACUGCAGCAUCAAAAGAUAGAAAUGAAGAUUUGCUUCUACAAGCACAGCAUAAUUUCGAUCAUGUGAUGGCUUUUGAAGUUGCAUUUCUCAUACAAGUACGAGAGGUGAAUCCUUACUUUUCCUUGAUCAGGCCACUGAGAUGGAAGAACUGAAGCAAAAAGUUGAUGCACUAACAGAAUCAAAAGAGCAGUUAGAAACUCGGAACCAAAAAUUGGCCGAGGAGAGUUCAUACGCCAAAGGGCUAGCAUCAGCUGCUGCUGUUGAGCUCAAGGCAUUAUCAGAAGAAGUGGCGAAGCUUAUGAAUCAUAAUGAGAGAUUAACUGCCGAGCUGAUAGCAUUGAAGAACUCCCCCACUCAGCGUAGAAGUGGCAGUACUGUUCGAAAUGGCCGGAGAGACAAUCACAUGAAACACCAAGACCAAGUUGGGGCAGCCUCAGAGCUCAAGAGAGAGUUGGCCGUGAGUCGAGAAAGAGAAGUUCAAUAUGAAGCUGCUCUUAUGGAGAAGGAUCAAAGAGAGACUGAUCUUCAAAGGAAAGUUAAGGAAUCCAAACAAAGAGAAGCUUAUCUGGAAAAUGAACUUGCUAACAUGUGGGUUCUCGUUGCGAAGCUGAAGAAAUCCCAAGGAGCUGAAAUGGAUGUCUCCGAGGCAACAGGACAUGACGGUUUAGGAAUCUGAAUUUUAUCCAUCCAACAAGAGGUGAUUUAAGGCUUUUGAAUGUUUCAGAAAGGUCUUCUGGCAGAAGGUUUGAGAGUAGUGUAUAGAAGAUUGUGUUGUGCAUAGCUCAUUCCAAGAUAGAAGUGUUUGUGUAUUCCAAUUAUAUUUUUUUAUUCUUGAUACGUGAAACAUGUUGAUGAUCCAAAUUCGAGGCCUUCCUUUUCAUUUUCUGUUAAUAUUUGUACGAACUAAAUGCUUUUGUUGGUUCAUGCGGGGGUCUAAUUGCGAAUGCUUGUUUGAUUAA